AUGUCAGACCUCAGCACCUUGAACUUGGAUUACAGAUUUCCUCCCUUGAAACACGACCUUCUCCUCAGAGCUGCUCAGGGAGAGCCUGUCGAACGUCCCCCAGUGUGGAUCAUGCGCCAGGCUGGAAGAUAUCUCCCAGAGUACCACCAGGUCAAGGGCAACAGGAACUUCUUCGAGUGCUGCAGAGAUGCUGAGAUCGCCUCCACCAUCACUAUUCAACCUGUCAACCACUACGAGGGCCUUAUUGAUGCUGCUAUCAUCUUUAGUGACAUCUUGGUGGUGCCGCAGGCCAUGGGCAUGAACGUGGUCAUGAUCGACGGCAAAGGCCCCCAUUUCACUGAUCCCUUGAGAAAGCCAGAGGACUUGCAAAAGCUCACCAAGAAUGUCGACUUGAUCCACUCCCUUGGCUGGGCCUUCAAGUCCAUCAACUUGACCAGACACAAGCUCAAUGGCAGAGUCCCUUUGUUAGGCUUUUCUGGUGGCCCCUGGACUCUUUUGGUUUACAUGAUAGAAGGUGGCGGCUCAAGGCUUUUCAGAUUCGCCAAAGAGUGGAUCUACAAAUACCCCAAAGAGUCCCACCAGCUACUAUCCAGAAUCACUGACAUCUUGAUUGAAUUUCUCGCUCUCCAGGUCAAAGCUGGCGCUCAGAUGUUGCAGGUCUUUGAAUCCUGGGCUGGUGAACUAGGUCCACACGAAUUCAACGAAUUCUCCUUACCUUACUUGAAGAGAAUCACCCAGGAAUUGCCCUCUCAUUUGCAAAAACUUGGAAUCAACCCUGCUGAUAUACCAGUCACCAUUUUUGCUAAGAACAGUUGGUACGCUCUCAACGAUUUGUGCAGCCUUGGUUUCAAUUGCGUCUCCUUGGACUGGUCCUGGGACCCCCUAGAAGCUGUUAAACUCAACAACAAUAGAGUUACUCUACAAGGCAACAUCGAUCCAGGUGUUAUUUAUGGAACAGACGAAAUCAUCUCCAAAAAAGUCGAAGCAAUGAUCAAAGGUUUUGGUGGUGGUAAAAAAAACUACAUCAUCAAUUUUGGCCAUGGAACUCAUCCUUUUAUGGAUCCUGAAAAGAUUCGUUUUUUUCUUCAAGAAUGCCACAGAAUAGGUAGUUUAUAA